AAUCGAACCCCUGCGGAAAGAUAAGAGUGUGACUUGAGCUAAUAAUACCGUGCCGGAACAUACAUCUUCAAUAUCCAGCUUCGAGUGGAUUCAGUCCUGCCUGAAACUUCAACGAACGAAGAUGUCCGCUCCGUACGAUAUUGAGACUGGGGCGCCCAGCGCCGAACUGCUGGAAGUAGCCCGCCAGGAAAUUCGUGAGACUCCGGAAGUUCGAGCUGCAGCCAUCCUUGAGCUGCGCAAAUUACUGCAAGCCACGAGCGAUUUGAACUUCCCCGAUGAUGACGAUUUUCUUCUGUUUUACCUCAGACCAACGCAUUUCUACCCUGAGAGUGCCCUCAAAUUGAUGCGCAAUGUAGCAGCGUUUCAGAAAGAGUACCACGAUGUACUGCACAAUCUAAUGCCAUCGGACAUCAAGAACGAAGUAACCAACUACAAUCUGGUGACGGUGUUGACCAACCGUGACCAAAUGGGCCGUCGAAUGGUUGUCAUCCGAAUGGGUGAGGUAUGGGACCCGAAAGAAGUUAACGAGGAUAAGAUCUUCGCCAUUUUGUAUACGAUCCACAAGCUGGCCAUUUUGGAACCGGCGACGCAGAUCAACGGAAUUGUGGUCAUUUACGAUUUCGCGGGACUGGGAAUGAAACAGAUUAAGGGCAUGUCAACAGGGGCAUCGAAGCGAUUGUUGAGCUUCAUCCAGGAAGCGGCUCCUCUGCGAAUGAAAGCGGUGCACUUCAUCAAUGAGCCGAUCAUUUUCAACAUGGUUUGGGCCCUGAUGAAGCCAUUCGUCAAGGAGAAGCUGAAGAAAAGGAUGUUCUUCCACGGCGAGGACAGGAAGAAGCUGUUCAAGCACAUCAAUCCUGAAUGUCUACCCGCUGACUUUGGCGGUAGUUUGCCCGCGCUGAACUAUGGAUCAAAGGAAUGGUAUCCAGCGAUGGAAAAAUACAGUGAUUUUAUUAAGAAGUUCAACUCGGCCGGAUUUAAAUGAACCAUGACAAUUAAAGUAUCGAAUAGGUUGGAUAAUAAAUUACACAAGUUAUUUUUGUUUUAUUGAA